AUAGGGACAGUGAAGUGCUAGGAUUGCGUUAUUGCCAAGUGUAAACAUAUACAGUGCCACGUACAAAUAAUGAGUGUGUAGAGUCACGGGUUGUUAUAUAAGUGUUAUGCGUAGUGGUUAAGUCAAUCAUAAUAUAAGUGUUAAUUUGUUUUGUUCGUUUUUGAUUAUUUUUUGUAGUUUCCAUUGUAUAUAGUACUAAUUAUUUGCACUCAUUAUAUAGGGCGUUACCGUGUGAUAGAGAUUUGUACGAUUCAAUCAUGAGCGAAAGCGGGAGGGUAUUACGAUCGGGUAAGCACACGCCGUUAGUAGGGUCUCGUACAAAUACAGCUUCCGAACAGGAAAGCGUAAGCGGUAGCAAACGCGCGAAUAGUACUGAAACGACAAAUAAGAACGAACAGGCGUCACCCCGUCAAAGCACAAUGUUGGACGACACGGUUGUGCCAGUGGAGGCACCGCGGCCUACGGUCAUCGACAAUAGUUCUCACGAGAGAAUAACCGAGGCUAGGUUACUAAUACUCCGCAGCGAACAGGCCGUGCGUGACGCAGAAUUAGCACAAGCUAGGGCGGCAGCGGCUGCCGCCAGUAGCGCAUUAGCUCUAGCCAAAGCAGAGGCGGAGUUUGCCGAAGUCUGUACUCGUAAACAGACACCUGCGACGAUGAACAAACCCGCACAGGUGUCAGACGUACCCCCGGUACAAUGUUGGGUUAACGAACAGGCAAAAAUAGAACAAAAAGAUACUAUAAGACCGAGAAAUACGGCACCGAUGCCGUAUGUAGGUACAAGUAAUAAAAUAGCAAGUAAUGACAUUGAAUUGUUAGCGCAACGAUUUGAGAACGCGGUAGGUAAAGGUAGGCGCGACCCGGUAGUACAACGGCACGUUGCCGAGUUACCCAAAUUCGACGGUUCAAUAUCGGAAUGGAUAGCUUUCAAGGCUGAGUUCAACGACACUGAGGCUAUGUUCUCAGAAGUAGCAAAUGUAGGUAGGAUUAGGCGCGCGCUACGCGGCGACGCCAAAUACGCAGUUAAAGCCCUACUAUAUACUACGUCGGAUCCUUUCGAAAUUAUGGACAUGCUCGAGUUGCAAUUCGGCAACCCCGAGGCCUUAGUACUAGCAGAAAUAGAAGAGGUCAAACGGUUACCUAAACUAUCCGAAGACAAUCACAAUAUCGUAUCGUUCGCCGGCCAAGUCGCUAACGUGGUAGCCACCAUCAAAUCACUGCAUCAAGAACAAUAUCUCAUGGCCCCGGAGUUGGUCAAUAGGCUAGUCGAUAAAAUGAGUGUUCUAAUGCGACAUGAGUGGAAUAAACACCGCGUACAAAACCCUAAGGAAUUAGGUUUAGUGUCAUUAUCAAAAUUCCUAACAGAGGCCAGCAAAGCGGCAGGUCUAACUGUUACCCACGCAUCGCGUAGAUCCGCACAGAAAAAGCAUAGCGUAAACGCGGUAGCACAGUCGCGACACCGUUCACGCUCACGGUCGACGAGUAGGGAAUCGUAUAGCGAAACGGAAUAUUCCUACAAACGUUCAAGUAAACCUUUCAUUGCACAGGUCAGUAAAAAACCAGUAGAGAAAAAAUCCGUGAAAAAUAAUAAACCUAAAACACAUACGAACGCCCCGCGAGUUAGAGAAAGUAAUUCAAAUAAAUGUACGGUAUGCAGCGGCGAACAUUAUAUAACGAAGUGCGCCGAUUUUUUAAAGCUUAAUGUUGACGAGCGAUGGACGAAAAUGAAGGAAUUCAAAUUAUGCUACAGAUGUUUAGGGCCGUAUCACAGACGCUUUAAUAAAUGUAAAUACGUACCGUGCGGAACGGGCGAUUGCGAGGCGGCACAUCAUAAAUUACUACACGGCACUAGAAAAGAGAGCGAAACCCGCAAAGUGCAGUCGUCCAUAAGCCACUUACACGAUAAAGAUACCUAUUUAAAGGUUAUGCCAGUCGAAGUAAGCGGGCCAUUGGGCUCCGUACAAACAUACGGGCUUUUGGACGAAGGGGCGGGGCUUACUUUAAUAGAGCGCCAUAUAGCCGACCAAGUUACGCCUAGAACGCGUUCGUGUGAAUUAUCUCUAAAUACAGUAGGAGACAAUACUCUGGUAGAUAACGAGUCGUGCGAGGUAAACGUGUCUAUUCGCGGACUAAAGAGCGAGAACGUAAAUAAUCUUACGGCAUUUACAGUCGAAAAGUUAGGAUUACACCCGCAAGGAAUAAAUAAAGAAGUGUUAAGUAAGUGCGCUCAUCUCGAGGAACUACGAGACGAACUCACAUACGCUACGGGUAUACCUACUGUACUUAUAGGCCAGGAUAACUGGCAUUUAAUUGUUACUAGAGAAUUGAUAGAGGCCGACGAGAACCUGCCCGCCGCAUCCUAUACCAAGUUGGGCUGGGUCCUUCACGGCGCGGAAGCAAAACCGCGAAAGUUAAUAGCAACAAUUAAUCACGUAUCUCGUCGCGACGAACAAGAUACGCACGAAUUAAUAAAACAACAUUUUAACAUAGAGUCGUUAGGAGUAGAGCCUAAAAUAAACAGAUCCGAUCCUAAUAACCGCGCUUUCGAAAUCCUAAACGCAACAUGUAAAAAAAUACAGGGCGAAGAUAGGUACGAAGCAGGAUUAUUAUGGAAAACGGACAACGAAACUCUACCUAACAACAAAGACAAAGCAAUGAAACGGCUAGUAAGUUUGGAAAAAAAACUAGACAGGGAUGACGGGUUAAAGGCAGAAUACUCUCGACAAAUACAAAACCUCCUAGACAAAGGGUACGCCGAAAGAAUACAUAAGCCUAACACGUCUCCCAGGGAAUACUACCUUCCACAUUUUGCCACUUUCCAUCCUCAAAAGGGUAAACCUAGAUUAGUAUUUGACGGAAAAUGCAAAAUGGCGGGUAAAAGCUUAAACGAAGCACUAUUGGUAGGACCAGAUUUACUGCUAUCAUUGUUCGGUGUGUUGAUACGAUUUCGCGAAGGCAAAGUGGCCGUCAUAGCGGACAUAGCCGAAAUGUUCUUACAAGUUCGCGUAAUAGAGCAGGACAGAGAUAGCCUCCGAUUUCUAUGGAGGGGAGAUAGGCGCGAAGGCCCGGCCGAUGAAUACCGAAUGACUUCGCUAAUAUUCGGCUCCGCCUCUAGCCCUACUAUCGCACAGUUCGUAAAAAAUAAAAACGCAGAAGAACAUAGUGAAAAAUACCCACUAGUAAAAGAAACUACGCUAAAUAACUUUUACGUAGAUGAUUUAUUAGCCAGUUUUGACGACCCGCAUGUCGCACGCACGUUAGUGAACGAUAUUGUAAAAAUACACGCAAAAGCUUCCUUUCAUUUACGCGGGUGGGCUUCUAACGUUCCCGAAGUUCUAAAAGACGUAACCGACAUCUCUAGCAAAGAGGUAUCGGAAUUAGGGAAGCACGAAUGCGAACGAACGUUAGGCCUAUUAUGGCAUAAUAAACAAGAUAAACUAGGGUUUAACGUAAACUUUCGCAACACACCUAAAGAAGUACUGGAAAAAGGCGUCAUACCUACCAAACGACAGGUGACCUCGGGGGUAAUGAGCUUGUUCGACCCCAUCGGUCUUAUUUCUCCCAUUACGGUAACGGGAAAAGUACUCAUUCAAAACAUAUGGCGUACGCGUAAAGACUGGGAUGAAAAAAUCACCCCCGAAGAUCACCAAUUAUGGUUAGAAUUCAUAAAUAACAUGAAUAAAUUGCGCGAAUUAAAAAUAGAACGGUACGUUCCCGCGCCGAAUCGAAAGGUCGUAACUCAUACUUUUUGUGACGCGUCAGAAAAAGUAUACGCGGCCGCGGUAUACAUGGUAGGUACGGACGAAGAAGGGAACAAACAAGCCACUCUAGUAGCCGCGAAGGCAAGGGUUUGUCCUUUGAAACAAGUGUCAAUACCUAGGCUCGAACUGCAGUCCGCUACGUUAGCUAGUAGAUUAACCGAAUCAGUAAAAAGAGAAUCUAGUUACGUCAUAGAAAAAUCAUAUUACUGGUCAGAUAGUUUAACGUGUCUGUCGUGGAUAAGGUCGGGACCUCGUACAUUCAAAACCUUCGUCGCACAUAGAUUAGCCGAAAUAGAGGAGACUACCUCGCCAGAGGAUUGGCGAUGGGUGCCUACCUCACUAAACGUAGCCGACGACGCCACACGCGGCAUACCUAAAGAUUUCGACGCCAACCAUAGAUGGUUUCGUGGCCCAGAUUUUAUAACACAAGACAGUAGUUCGUGGCCCGUAGAAAAGCCCUCGGCACAACCGUUUCCACCAACAGGAGAAGAACGCGUACAACAGAAGGUAAAUGUCGUUAAUAAAAACAAAACUUGCGUCUGCUUGCCCGACAUAGAUAGAUUUCCUACCUAUAAACGAUUAUUACGCGCGUCCGCUUACGUACUAUCAGCAGUUGAAUCGUUCAAGUCUCUCAUACGCGGCAUAAAACUUACACUCACUACAAUGAAUGAAAAACUUAAGAUUGCGGAAUUGUUAUUAAUCAAACGAAGUCAGAGAAAAUCAUUCAGAGAGGAAAUCGCCAACAUAGAGGCUGGGCGGCCUAUAUCAAAGGGAUCACCGCUGAAGAAGCUCGCCGUGAACGUCAGCAAACAUGGAAUUCUACUACUAGAUGGGCGCACAGAUCGAAACCAGUGCAUACCAGUCCUACACGCAAAAGAAGCUCUAACAAAGUUACUCAUAGCACACUACCACGCUUUGUUUAACCACGCAAAUCAUGAAACUGUCAUCAAUGAGCUACACAAACAAUUUCAUAUAGUAGGACUGCGUAGUGCCAUACGGUAUAUUAGCAACACAUGCCAAUGGUGUCGCGUAUACAGAGGUACUACCCACAAGGUGCCUCUGGGCGAUUUACCUGCUGAAAGGCUUACCGCUAAUCAACCUGCAUUCACAGCUACAGCGUGCGAUUACUUCGGACCUAUGACAGUUACAGUAGGCAGACGACAUGAAAAAAGAUGGGGCGCACUGUACACUUGCCUAACCACUAGGGCAGUACAUAUAGAACUAGUGCCUUCCCUAUCUGCAUCAUCUAUGAUAUUGUCACUCAGACGCAUGAUGGCUCGUCGAGGUCAACCUACUGUAUUAUAUACUGACAACGCUACCUGCUUCAUAGGGGCCGAACGCGAGAUAGCUGAAGCAUUAGCAGACAUAGAAGAAGAAGUGCAGUCGUUCGUAACAAAUAAAAACAUAAUCUGGAAAAAGAUACCUCCUGGCAAUCCAGAAGCAGGAGGAUCUUGGGAACGACUGGUGGGUGCUACCAAAGCUGCUCUUCGCGUUACACUGAAAGAACGGCAUCCACCGGAAGAAGUGCUACAUACCUUACUUCUAGAAGCCGAACAUAUCAUCAACUCUAGACCACUUGUUCCAGUCCGAUUAGAUGACCGUCAGACGGCUCUGACGCCCAAUCAUUUCCUGAUAGGAAGGUCAAACGCCAUGUCACCAUUCGGCGUAUUCACCGACAUUCAUCUCACAGAAAAAUCAUGGAAAACGGCACAAGCUCUAUCAGAUAUGUUUUGGGAUCGAUGGACAAAAGAAUACCGUCAAACGCUAAGACCAAGACGAAGCCCCAACGAUCCCAAGUACGAAAAUAUAAAAGAAGGAGAUAUAGUCAUCAUAGCUGACGGCACUAUGCCUCGUAAUACCUGGCCACGCGGCAAAGUAGUAAAGACGUUUCCUGGUCCAGAUGGGCGAGUACGAGUUACAGAAGUUGAAACCGCUGCAGGAAGAAUUCGUCGCCCAGCCUCACGACUUAUCGUUAUAGGAUUUACUCCGUUGUAACUGUGUUAAAAACACGUAGGGGGGAAUGUCGUAAAUAGCCCCAAAAUAUAGGUAAAUAACGAUCUCGUAGGUUAGAUAUAGGAUUACAUAGAUUUAAGAUAAUAAAUAAUAAAGAAAUAUCGAUUUAUAUUUGUUCGUUUUAUUUCCCACCAAUCCUAAGCACUUCACUAUACGACUGAACUUUAACUAGUAGAUUCUUACUUACCCUUAAAAAACCCAAGCAUAGUUCAGUCGUAAAUACAUAACUAUAUACCAAAAACAAAUGGCAAUUAAUAUAACGUAAGUAUCUGGCACUGAUACUUACAAUCUAAUUAGAAUAUUAAUAUAUAUACUUAUAAGAAUGUAUAAGAAGAUUGUUAAUGUUUAUCUCAUAAGAAUUAUAUUUGAAAAAUAAAGAAUUGCUGUUACACGAUAGACACACAUAACACCAAUACAUACUUGACGA